AUGGCUCAUUACAAUGAUCAAAUCAAGAAGAUGAAAAACCAUUCAAAUAGCUUCUUAUAUCUCAAGAAGAUCACUCAAAUCCUCCUCCCACUCUCCCUUCUCUCUCUCUUUAUCUCCCACUCCUCUUUCACCUCUCUCUUUCUCCAAUCCUAUGACUAUCUCAACUUGAAUUUCUACUUCAAAUUCAAACUCUUCACCUACACAACUGAGAGAAAUUGCAUCUUUCUCCUCUGCAAUGGGAUUCUUGUCUUCAUCAUACAGUCAUCCGGCCUCAUUAGCAAGAUAACGCCCCUCGAUUCAGGCCCGAAAAUGGCAAGAACACACGAUGAUCGGACCGAGAAAAGUGGCGUUGAAGACAGCAAGAAAAAGGGUGUUGAGAAUGUAGAAGUUCAUGAAGAAAAAAUCAAUCUUGAAGCAGAUUUGGCUGAGGAAGAUUUGCAGGUAGAAAAAUGGGAUGAACAUGAUGAUGAAGAAGAAGAUGAUGAAGGGUUUGAUACAGAAGAAUUGAAGAGGAAAUGUGAAGAUUUUAUCAAGAAAGUAAAGAUGGAAAUUCAAAGUGCAUGA